AUAUAAAAAGAAAGAAAAACAAAGUUCCCUCUACCAAUUGUCACCACAUUUCCACUCAAUUUCAAGAGUCAGAGAGAGAGAGGAGGAGAAAACAGAGAGCUUUGAAUUUGCAUCCAUGGAGUCCGAAGCUUCAACAUUCGAGAGUUGUGAGAUUAUGGCCGCUCUUUUGGGUUCAAGUCCUCUGCUUCUGCAGUCCUGGAGGCUCUGCGCCGCCGCCAACUCCGCCGCGCCGGAGAGUUUCACGGCGGAGGUGAUUGGAGAUGUGGCUUAUCUUGCUUUCUCCGGUGUCCAAGUUCUUCCGAAAUGCGGCGAUGGAAGAGAGUUGGUGGCGUUGGAUGCUGGGGGAGUUGAGGAGAUGUUUCUGCCGUUGAACCGCCACCGUCAGGAGCUCCGGGAACCGGCCAUGGCGGAUUCCGGCAUCCUCAAGAUGUUUGUUGAUAUUUACACUCAUCAGAAUCUUCUUGAAAAGACGACAAGAGUAUUGGAGAAAAGCAAGUCAAUAGUAAUUACAGGUCAUUCACUUGGAGGAGCAGCAGCCACUUUGUGUACACUUUGGCUGCUCUCUUUCUUUCACCCCAAAACAAUUCAUCACCCAAUUCUAUGCAUCACCUUUGGCUCCCCAUUGAUAGGCAACGAGUCCCUUUCGAGAGCCAUUCAAAGAGAACGAUGGUGCGGCAAGUUCUGCCAUGUCAUCUCGAACCACGACAUUAUGCCAAGGCUUCUCUCUACUCCACUUUCCUCUCUCUCCCCUAAACUCCAUAUCCUUUUUAGAUAUUGGCAUUUGUCAAUGGCCUCUCCACACUUUGGGAAGCUUGCUACCCAAUUGACAGAAAGAGAGAAAGACGAGCUCUUCCAGGUCGUAUUGGCUCACUCCAACAUGAUAUCUAACCCAGGGUUAGAGGGGUCGGUACAAAGUCAGCUUUGGCCAUUUGGGAACUUCUUCUUUUGCUCGAAACAUGGUGCCAUUUGUUUGGAUAAUGCCAUAUCAGUUCUGAAGAUGCUCGAUUUGAUGCUCAAAACAAGUGCCCCAAACUUGAGCAUUGAGGACCAUCUCAACUAUGGAGAUCAUGUGAAAAAAGUUGGAGUUCAAUAUAUAGAGAGGAAAAGCUUCACCUCAGAGUGUCUUCCUAAUUCAAGCUAUGAAGCAGGGCUUGCUCUAGCAUUGCAGUCAGCAGGAAUACCUUUCCAAGAUGAAGUUGCUCGAAUGGCCGAACAUAGCUUGAGAACGGCAAGGAGAAUAGGACAAACACCGAACUUGAAUGCGGCAAAACUAGCUAUAAGCUUAUCGAAGAUUACACCUUACAGAGCUGAGAUAGAAUGGUAUAAAGUCUCUUGUGAUGAAGCAGAUGACCAACUGGGUUACUACGAUUGCUUCAAGAAAGUAGAUGCUUCGGUAAGACAUGCUCGAGUAAACAUGAACAGGCACAAGCUCGCAACAUUCUGGAACAGAGUGAUCGACAUGUGGGAGUACAAUGAGCUUCCUCCAGAUUUUAACACAAGGGCAAAGUGGGUCAAUGCUUCACAUUUCUACAAACUCCUGGUAGAGCCAUUGGACAUUGCCGAAUAUUAUCGUCGUGAUAAGCACAUUGUCCAUGGUCAUUAUUUGAAAUACGGAAGGGAGAGAAGAUAUGAGAUUUUUGACAAAUGGUGGAAAGGGAGAGAAGUUACAGAGGAAGGGAAUACUCAGAGGAUGAAAUAUGCAAGCUUGACUCAAGAUUCAUGCUUUUGGGCAAGGUUGGAGGAAGCAAAAGACCUACUGGAAAGAAUUAAAUGUGAAGGAGAUGUGAGAAAGUUGGCCCCAAUAUGGAAAAGUCUAGAUAACUUUGAAAGGUAUGCCAGAGGAUUGAUUGAAAGAAAGGAGGUUUCUAAAGAUGUUGUAGCAAAGAAUUCAAGCUACACUUUGUGGGCUCAAGAACUGAGGGCAUUGAAGCUAAAUAUGUAAUAACUAAGUAGUUAGAAUUUUAUGGCAAAGAGAUUCAAAGUAGUUAGCACCUUGGACUAAGUAUCUUUUAAAAUUGCUGUAACCUAAUCAGAUUAUUGGUGAAAAUGUCAAUUUGAUACCCAAUUAUCUACUAA